AUGUGGACCUUGUCGGUCCCUUGCCAUUCUCGAGGCGCCACGCACCUGCUGACCAUCGUGGACCGUUCCACGAGGUGGCCGGAGGUGAUUCCACUUUCGGAUACCUCCGCCGAGGCUUGCGCCUGGUCUAUGGCAGCCCACUGGAUCGCCCGGUUCGGGGUGCCAUCCGACAUCACCGCGGAGCAUGGGGCCCAGUUCACCUCUUCCUUGUGGUCGGUCCUGGCCCGGCUCAAUGGCGCCCGGCUGCACCAGAAGACCGCCUAUCACCCGCAGGCUAAUGGGCUGGUCGAAAGAUUCCAUCUGCACCUUAACUCGGCGUUGAAGGCCCGGCUAAUAGGUCCGUACUGGGUGGACCAACUGCCCUGGGUCCUCCUGGGCAUGGGUCAGCCGAGGUGCAUGUGCCCGCGGUGUUACAACAGUGUGCAGCGGGUCUAUGAAAGUCCUUUUCGUGUGCUGCGGGCCGGAGUCGCCAUGUUCACGUUGGACGUGGGUGGCCGGCAGGAGAUCGUCUCCAUUGGCCGUCUCAAGCCCGCCCACGUGGAUGGGGACAAGCCGGUGGUCAGUGCUCCACCGCGACUCGAUCGAGACCACCAUUGUGGCUGGAUCUGUGUUGUUGGUGUUUGUGAAACUCAUUGCAUGUUCGAUCGUUUUCGAAUAAAACUUCGAUUUACAACAUCGACUCCUGUCUCUAUCCGCCAAAAGCAACCACCGUGGGUCAACAAGUUGUGGAAGUUAAGCAUGGAUUGCGAUGAAGAAACAAGAGUUGGAACUCAAGCAACCAAGCAAGUGGCAGAGGCCCAGUUUGCUGUGCGAGGUAUCACGCAGGAUGAGACGAAGUACUAUUACGUGGUUGGCUCGCUUGACCAACUGACCGCGAGGCGGGUUAAGCCUUUCCUCAGGGCCCCCCCGGUAACAAACAAAUAUGCUGGCCUUAAAGCAUUUCUAAUCAGGAGGUUUGGCCUGGGUGAUGCCGAGCGGGCAGCUCGCAUUUUCAGAAUGGACGGCCUGGGCGACCGCCAGCUGUCUGCCCUCCUGGAAGACAUGCUCACCCUAAUGGGGGACCAUGAGCCAUGCCGACGAGCUGUGGAAUUCUCGCCAUCGCAACCUGGAAGCAGUGGACGUCCUUCCCGAGUCGUUUGGAGACUCAGAGCAGGUCGGGACCGCUAUCCACCGCGUCUCCACUGCUCCCGGUCGGCCCCCGCGGCAAAAUCCGGCGGCCAUUACGCAUUCAGCAGCAGGCACGUCCUUCCAGCACGGCCAGCCUGCAGUUCAAACCAAUGCCAGCAGAGGUCGCUGGCGUUCAAACCAGCCAAAUCGGCUUGCAGUUCAACCAGACGCCAGCAAAGCUGGUUGGUGUUAUUAUCAUCGCCGCUGGGGAGCUGCAGCCAGGCUUUGUCGCCCACCCUGUUCGUUCUCGGGAAACUAAAGGGCCGGCCGUCAGCGAUUCCUUCGGCGGCCGGCACGAUUCAUCGCGUUUUCGCAUGGGAUCGCCGCAGUGGGGGACGUUUCCUCGUCGACACGGGUGCGGAAGUGAGUGUUCUGCCUCCCUCCAUCACUGACAUCCGGGCGGGCAAACAAGGCCCCCUCCUCACCGCGGCAAACGGGAGUGCUAUUCGCACCUACGGGUUUCGCACCAUUCCCCUCAACUUUGGCCGCAACUCGUUUUCGUGGAGGUUCGUCAUUGCAGACGUUUCCCAGCCGCUGCUGGGCGCCGACUUCCUUAGAGCCCAUUCACUGCUCGUGGAUGUCAAGCGGCGGCGCCUGAUGCACUCAGCCACGCUGGAGCCAGUCUUCCUCCGUACAGGUGAUCCUGUAGUACGCCCUGAUGGCCCCCUGUCAUCCGUGGAUGCGACUUUCGCGCGUAUCCUGGCAGAUUUUCCUAGCAUUCUCGAACCCCACUUCCACUCCUCCACCCCGAAGCACGGGGUGGAGCAUAUCCCGACUACUGGCCCACCUGUGCACGCGCGGGCACGUCGUCUCGCCCCAGACAAGCUCCGUCUAGCUCGGGAGGAGUUCCGCCAGAUGGAGGCGUUGGGCAUCGUGCGUCCAUCCGAUAGCCCAUGGGCCUCACCGCUCCACAUGGUCCCUAAGAAGGACGGGGGCUGGCGCCCGUGUGACGAUUACCGGCGCCUGAAUGAUGCGACCGUCGCCGACAGGUAUCCGGUCCCGCACAUUCAGGACUUCAAUGCCCAUCUGGCUGGGGCAUCCAUAUUUUCCAAGGUGGACCUCGUGCGAGGGUACAAUCAAAUCCCAGUCCGCCCCGACGAUAUCCCGAAGACGGCCAUUAUCACACCAUUUGGUCUUUUCGAAUUUGUGCGGAUGCCGUUUGGGUUGAAGAACGCCGCGCAGGCCUUUCAGCGGCUUAUGGACUGCGUGUGCCGCGGAUUGGACUUUGUUUUUGUGUACCUGGACGACAUACUCGUGGCCAGUCGCACGCGGCAGGAGCACUGCACCCACCUCCGUCAACUGUGUCAGCGCCUCAGCGAUUUCGGUUUAACUAUAAACGCGUCCAAGUGCUGUUUCGGGGUGACGGCUAUCAACUUCCUCGGCCACCGCGUGACCGAACAAGGGGUGGUGCCUCUGCCGACCAGGGUAGACGCUAUUCGCAGGUUCCCCCGUCCGACCACAGUUAGGGGCCUGCAGGAAUUCGUGGGAAUGGUCACUUUCUAUCACCGCUUCCUGCCCUCAGCGGCUGCGAUCAUGCGUCCGCUUUUCAACCUGAUUGCUGGUCAUCGCAGGGAGGUUGAUUGGUCCAUGGAAGCAACAGCGGCAUUUGAGACGGCUAAGCAGGCACUGGCUGAGGCCACGAUGCUCGUCCACCCACGAGAGGAUGCCACGACCGCCUUGACGGUGGAUGCUUCGGAGAUUGCGGUUGGGGCAGUGUUAGAGCAGCUCAUUGAGGGUUGCUGGCGGCCACUUGCCUUCUUCAGCAGGCAUCUCAGUGGACCACAGCGUCGUUACAGCGCCUUCGACCGUGAGCUCCUUGCCCUAUAUCUCGCCGUACGCCAUUUCCGCUAUUUUCUGGAGGGGAGACCAUUUACUGCAUUCACGGACCACAAGCCGCUAACCUUCGCGUUCGCCAAGGUAUCAGACCCGUGGUCUGCCCGGCAGCAGAGGCAGUUGGCGUAUGUGUCCGAGUACACCACCUCCAUCCGGUUCAUUGAGGGCAAAUUUAACAGGGUGGCCGAUGCCUUAUCAAGACCUGCAGUCCACGCGGUUCUCCAAGUCGGUGAGGGGAUUAACUAUUCCGACCUGGCAGCUGCUCAGCUGGUCGAAGAGGAGAUGGCUGCCUAUCGUACAGCAGUUUCGGGCCUGCAGUUGGAGGACGUUGUCUGUGGUCCUGGGGGUACCACGCUGUUGUGCGAUGUCUCCUCUGGAGUUCCGCGACCCAUCGUCCCGAUCGCCUGGCGGCGCAGGGUGUUUGAGGUGCUCCAUGGCCUUGCGCAUCCCUCCAUCAGGGCAACAAUGGCCCUGGUAGCCUCCCGCUUUAUGUGGCACGGGCUGCGGAAGGAGGUUGGGCAUUGGGCGCGCACUUGCAUCCGAUGCCAGACCGCCAAGGUGCAACGACACGUGCACGCGCCAUUGCAGGAGUUCCCCAUUCCUCAUAAACGUUUCGACCACAUUCACGUGGACAUCGUGGGGCCGCUGCCGUCGUCCCAGGGCAUGACGUAUAUAUUUACCGUUGUGGACCGCUUCACGCGGUGGCCUGAAGCCAUUCCGCUACAGAAUUCCACCACUACUACCUGUGCUCGAGCAUUGUUGGCGCACUGGAUCGCCCGGUUCGGGGUUCCACUGGACAUAACAUCCGACCGGGGGCCUCAGUUCACGUCAGAGCUGUGGUCGGCCAUGGCACGCCUCCUGGGUGUUCGUCUGCACCACACGACAGCGUACCACCCACAGUCGAACGGCCUAGUGGAACGGUUUCACCGACAGCUUAAGGGUGCCCUAAGGGCGCGGCUCACUGACCCAGAUUGGGUAGACGCUCUACCGUGGGUUUUGCUGGGGAUACGCACCGCACCCAAGGAGGACUUGGCCUCCUCCUCCGCUGAAUUGGUGUAUGGGUCUCCGUUAACGGUGCCUGGGGAGUUCAUCCCGCCGGCACGUGGCCAGGUGGAGCAGCCUUCAGAAGCUCUGCAACGUCUUCGGCAGACGGUGGGCAAGCUGGCGCCGGUGCCCACUUCUCGUCAUGGGUCCUUCCGUCCGCACAUUCCCUCUGCUCUGGAGGACUGCCAGUUUGUUUUUCUGCGCAGGGAUGCACAUCGGACACCUCUACAGCGGCCGUAUGAAGGCCCCUUCCGGGUCUUGGAACAGGGCUCGUCGACGUUCGUCCUGGACAUGGGGGGUCGGCGGGAGACUGUUUCAGUUGCGCGGUUGAAGCCAGCACAUAUCGAUAUCGAUCGGCCGGCGCUGGUAGCACUGCCCCGUAAGCGAGGGCGACCUCUGUCUAGGGUACCUCCUCCUUUGGUUACUUCGUACCCCGCACUUGUUAAUCAGGCGCCUGUUCCGGGUCCGAGCGUAGUGUGCACCGGGUCUGGCCGUCGUGUACGCCGUCCUGUCCGUUUCGUACCUCGGGUACUUGGGGGGGGUCCUGUGGCGGUCCCUGGGGGGUAGGCCACUCCUUGGAUCAUUCCCCUCGACGAUUGAGGGACAGGGGCGUAGGUCUGCCACGGGGUUUCCCGGUCGACUCCCCAGGGGUAGAUAUAAGAGUGUCGGUUGGUGUUCGAAAACGGGGUUAAUAAAAAAGCUUCUUUUGAAUCCGCCUGGCGUCCGGUCUUUUCCUGACCUUGACCAGGCCAC